AUGAGUCUUAUUAAUAAUAGUAGAAUUUUAAAUGUUCUACUAAUUUAGGUAACAUACAUAGAAGUUAGAAAUAUAAUAGGAAUAAAUGGUAUAGAUUUAUAUACUUCUAUUCAGUUAGGAGUGACUUUAGCAUUUGUUUAUGCAGCAUCAAUAACAUCAUAAGAAGUUUAUAAAAUGGAUUCUAUUAUUGACAAUAUUAAUUAUUCUUACAACAAUUAAAACAAAAUGGAUAAAUAGCCUGAGAUAUUUUUAAAUUGCAAAACCCUCGAGAUAAAAAAUAAAAUAAGAUGUACAUCACCGAGUAUUAAUUUACAUGAAAAAGUGCUAUAGCAUAAUGCUGAGUUCAUUUAAUAUGCUUAAAAUUCUUUAAUGGAUGAUAGUAAAUGUCAUAUAUAAAGAGAAUAUAAUUCUAAAAGUAUUAAUAACAUAGAACUUAUGAAUAUCCUUGAGUAAACUAAUGUUUAAUAAACUUAAAACUCUGAUUUACUAAAAAUAAGUCAGCUUUCCUAAUAUUUUUAAAUUUUUUCAACUGGAUUCUCAAUAAUAGACUAAAAUUAAAAUGUCAUCUUUCAAAAUAAAGCUGUAGAAAAUAUAGUUUUUUAAUAUGGCCUUAUUAAAAAUAUUGAUUAAGCUAGUUGUUUAAAUUUUGAAUAAGGAAAUAAACAAGGACUUUUAGAAAUAAAGAUAAAAUUCGAAAAUGAUGAAGUAUAAAAUCAAAAAGUCCAUUCGUAAAAAAAUUAAAAACAAAUAGUGUAAUCUAGCUCAUAAAACAUUUAGAAAGAUAUUUUAAAUAUUGAUUAAAAAUUAUUUUCAGAAAAAAAUAUAGACGAAUUUCAUACAAAUACUGAGGAAGCAAAAUAUGAAAAUUAAAAUUUAGAUAAUAGUAAAAAAUUAUUUACAUGUGAGACUGAUUAAAAUGAAAAUUUGUUGAAUAAAAUGAAAAAUGAUAAAGAGAUAAACAUUUUUUUCAAGUAAAAAAAUAAUGAUGAAAAUGAUAAUUUUGACAUAAAUAAUUAAUAGAAUGUAUUUUAUUAUAAUUAAAUUUAAAAUAAUUAAAAUUCUUAAAACAAUAUUAGCUUUUUUUCAGAUUCGCAAGAGAUAAGAUAACAAUAAAAUUUCUUAAAUAAUUUAAACCAAAUAAAUUCUUAAGCAAUAAAUGUUAAUUAGUCAUUGCAAAAAAUAUUUUUAAGUAAGAAUUUAAUAUGUGAUAUUAAAACAGCUACAUUAAAAUUUUUCUCUAGAUACAAUGAAGAAGCAUCUCUAGGAGAUUUAAUUAACUUUAUCAUUCUAUCAAGACCAUAUCCUUAGAUUAAUAAUUGUUCUUAGGUCUUAUUGGAGCCUUAGGAGAUAGGAUUAUCUCCAUUAAUUCAUAGAAAAUUUUGCAAAAACAAAAAACCAACAAAUUAAAAUUCUCUCGACUAAGCUUACAAGUAUUCAUUUAUUGAUGAUUACUUGAUCUUAACCUUGAAUAGAAAAAAUAAAUCAAACAAAAAUCUAUUGAUUGAAAUAAAAAUUGGAUGUUUCUAGUUUGAAGAUGAUUAAAAAGAAAAAAUGAAUAGCAACACAAAUAAAAGUAUUAAAUCAAGUAAUAAUAAAAUAAAUAAUAUUAAAGUGAUAAAUGAUUUAAAUGAUAUUAAAUUUGUUAGUAGCUCUUUAAUUAAUUAACAUUAAUGUAAUAAUAUAAAAAGGCCUUCUUUACCUACUUAAAAGGCAUCUGGUUUCUACUAUUUACAAUCUAAAGAUUAAUAAAAUCAAAACUCCAUUAAACCAUAAGGUUUUUAUGAUGGAAAUUUCUAAUAAUCAAAAAGUAAUUUAAAAAUAAACACACUAAAUUGCUCUAAAAAUAUUUGUUUCAAAAAAUAUUUUUUUACAAUUGAAUUUAAUCAAAUUAGUCCAUAGUUCAAAGGAGUAGUAAAAAAUUAAGUAAAUUAAUAAAAAGCAUAAAUUUACAAAUAAAUUUCACUCGAAUUAUCUACUCCUCUUAGUUGUAUUAUAAAUAUGUUAGAUUUAAUAAAUUCGCGAGAAUCAACACAUGAAUUUGUGAAAAAUAGUUUUAUCAACCCAGCUUUGUUUUAAUCAUACAUACUUCUUAACAUUGUCAAUGAUUUACAAGAAAAAUCUGAAAUUACUCAACCAGGUAAAGUCAAUAUUAUACUAUAAACCUUUUCAUUAUCUGAUCUAUGUUUGGAAUGCCUUAAUUUUAUAAAACUUCCUGCCAUAAAAAAAAAUAUUUAGCUAGAGUUUUAUAGCAAAGAAAAUGUCCCUUAAAUGAUUUAUAGCGAUUUAUCUAAAGUAAGAUAAAUACUUAUAAACCUACUUACAAAUGCACUUAAAAACACAUAAAAGGGAAAUAUUUGCAUCAGCCUUUCUUAACCUUUCAAAAAUUUUAUUCAAGUAGAUGUUAAAGAUAGUGGAGAAGGUAUACCUUCAGAUGAACUAAUAUAGAUGUUCUAAAACUUAUAUUAAUCAACUCAACAACAUAUUAAUAUGAGAAAAGAUAAAUAGCAAGAUUUUUAUCACGAUAGUAAUAUGUCUUAAGGUCUUAAAAUUUGCUAUUUACUUUCAAUAUGCCUAGGGUAAAAUAGACCAUUAACUGCCAGCAGUGAGGUAGCUAAAGGGAGUAUUUUUACAUUCUAUAUUAAAAAUACAAAAAAAAUGGCCAAGCAGAAAAAAAUUUCUUUAGACUGUAAUAAAUUAAUUCAGUUUGAAUAUUUUCAAAAAGAAAAUAGUGAUAAAAGAGAUCAAGAAACAAUUUUAGAUUUAAAAUAAAUAUUUAAAUUAGAUGAAAAAAGUGAAAAAAACAAAAAUAUGCUUGAUAUUAAAAAUAAAACAGAAAAUUAAAAUAAUAAUUAAAGAGCUCAUAAAAAUACUAUGAUGGAAUCUACUGAACUUCAAUCUUCAUUCAUUUCUGUAGAAGAAAAUAAUUAAGACCUUAAUGAAUCUUUAAAUUCCUCUAUACAAAAUAAUUCUAGUAAUUAUAAAAUAAGCUUUUUAACAUAAAAUAUGAUAAAAUAAAGCUAGUUUAUUUACUAAAUUGUCAACAAAAUGUUAUCUUAGAUGACGCUUGAAGGAUCAUAGUAUGGUCAAUCAACUUUUAGGUCUAAAUAUUAAGAAAAUUAAAAACAGAAAUCAUAAUAAGAUUAAUUUAAUAACUAAUUAAAUUAAAUCAACAAAUAUAAUCAAAUACAAGAAAGUCAGUUUUCAAAUUAAAAUAUUUAAUAGGAUAAAAACUUUUAAAUAUCUAAUUAAAAUUUAAUGCCUAAUUUAAAGUUUGAAGAAAAUAAUAUUAAUAACACUUAAGCUUAGUUUAUACAAUCUAAGUAAGAUAUUGACUAUGAGUUUUCCGUAUUUAAUAUAAAUAAUAAAGCUGAAGAUAAUUUAUAAGAGUCUUGUAAUAUUUUUCCAGCUGAGAGUCUAGAAAAAUUAGAGCCUAAUACCUUUAUUUAACCAAGAAUUGCUUAAAAAUCUAAUAAAGAAGACUAAGAUCACAUCAAAAAUUUAUCACCAUUUAUUUAACCAAAUACACCUAAGCACAUUUAACCUAAUUCAUAAUAACCUAUAUCAAGCAACAGCAAUUACUAUACAAAUAGCAAUUCAUUUAAUAAUUAAAGCAGAAGAGUAAGUCAAAUAGUACUUAAAACAGAGCCUUCUAUAUAUCACUCUGACUCUAAUAUAGGAGAAUAAAAAGCUUAACUCCUCUAUUUUAAUGUUACUAAUGGCUUUUAUGUUAACGGUGAUAUUUAAAAUAAUUUAAUCUAAUUGAACUAGAAUAGAAAGUGUGAUUGUUCUUAAAUUCUUCUUAUAGAUGAUAACGAUUUUAACCUAUGUGCUCUAGAACUACGUUUAAGAUAAUAUUUAUUUAUUAUAGAAAAAGCUUCAAGUGGUUAACAAGCACUUAAAUUGAUUGAACAAAAAAGUAUAAAUUCAUGUUGUAGGACAUUUACUUUAGUUUUUUUAGAUUUAGAUAUGCCAGUCAGAAAUGGAUUUGAAGUUUUAGUUGAUAUAGUAGAUAUUUGUAAUGACCUUUUAAUUAAAGUUCCUUCGAUUUCUGCAUGGACUGCUCUUCUUUCUGAAAAAGACCAGUAAAAGGCUACAGAUUUUGGAAUGUCUCAUUACUUGACUAAACCAUUAAAUCUCCAAGCUUUAGAAAAUGUUUUAUUUGAAGAAUUUAUUUUAAAAUAAAAAAAAUAAUUAUGA